ACUUGUACAUAUUUACAUUAAUUUUUAAACUAGAUGGUAAAUAAGUCAGCAAAAUGUAAUUAAUUACUUAAGAAUACGAGGAAAAGUGAAAUUGUACAAACUGAUUUGUGUGAAUAUAAUAUGUAUUGCAGCUCUGCUUGUAUACAUAGUAUUUACGCAACAGUUAGUGUUUGCGAUGGAGCAACGAAUUUCUUAGUGGUUUGAGUCGCUCAGUUUUUUUUUUAUUUUUUGUAUAUUUUUACAUGUUUUAACUGGAUAUACAUAAAAUCAGGAGCAUCGCAAAAUACAAUAUUAUAAUUAAAAUAAUGAAUUCGGUAGUGAUGUCAAAUCUUCAUGGAUUGACAUUGUUUGUGUGGAUCGUAUCUAUUCUAACCUCAUCUAUCAGCGAUGAACUUGAAACAGAUGGUACAACACGAUUAUUGACAAAUAAAAGUUUCAACAAUGUAUCGCCCGAAAACAACCAUCAGGCUUUAUCGUCUGAUAAGCCUGUUUUCGAACCUAAUAACUCAGCUCAAAUAUACAGAAGACAUAAUGACACCUCUUCAUUAAUGAUGGGAGAAGGUGGUCCAAUUUCAGUUGGUUAUACAACACAGCUUGCAUCUUCAACUGCUUUAUAUUCAACCAGCAAUUUUGACAAUCGAAACAUAAGAAAUAAUUUCUCAGCAGAGAAAGAUGCUGUCGUAAAAGUUUCAGAAAGAAAUAUUACUUCUAAGAUAGUGCCAAGAAAAGGAGCAACUGAAACAUUAAACACAGAAAAAGAAAAUAUUGCCAUUGAGAAAUCAAUAAUUAACAAUAUAAACUCAACAGUUGAAUCUUCUACAGCAACUAUUAGCUAUAGUAAUGACAAACAUACAGAUAAUAAUUUGAAUCAUUCUAAAUUAGUUAUUUCUGACAAAGAGAAAAAUCUUUUAAAUAUUACUGCAAACAACACAUUGCAACCAAAUGUAAAUACAACAUUACAACGAGAAGUAACAGCCAAUACAACUAUGACAACAACUCUAUUUAAGGAACAUAAAGCAAAGCCAACUGUAACAGUAGGCGAACGUAAUAACGAUAAGAGACCACUUAUUUCACCAACAAGGCAACGUUUGGGAUUGCCAAAAAGAAUAGAUUAUGUUUUCCAAGUUAUUAUUGCUCUUAUAGCUUUGCCAGCAUUAGGUGCUAUUCUUUUUAUAGUGUAUAAGCAGGGUAGAGAUUGUUGGGAUAAAAGACACUAUCGCAGAAUGGAUUUUCUUAUUGAUGGAAUGUAUAAUGAUUAACAUUUACAAAUGUAAUAUCUUUCAGGAAUUUGGAUCAUAAGAUUACUUCCAUUUGUGCAAUAUAUUAUAUAUAGAAUAUGUUUCCAAUGUCCAUAUGAAAUUAUACACACAGAAGUGUUUGUAACAUCCUGUAAUUACAGUUUAAUAUGUAUGUAUUGGAGACACUCUAUAUAUAAAAUUCUGAUAUACUAUUUUGCCACUAUAACUUUGAUGAAGCGAACCAUCUAUAUUUAGAAUUGCAGAUAUAUAUUACGCCGCAGCUUAUUCUAUAUACAAUAUUAUUUUAUUGUACUACUGCCUUAUGAGAUUUAUUAUUUUAUAUAUUUUAUGAACAUGUUUGCAUACACAUUGUUUAUAUUGAAUUUCAAAAUUCGUAUGCAUGUAAUUUUAAAUGAAUGGUAUACGCGGAAGACAAUAUAAAAAUAACAACAAAUUAGAUAAGAAAAUUAUAAAAACAAAGGUAUUCAAUAAAGCCUACAAGCAUAGAACUUUAAAAAAGUAUUGUUUUCAGGGCGAGUAAAGUUAUAUUUGUUUACAUUAUGUACAUCAUUAUAACUCUUGAGAUUAUUUUUCAUAAGUAUAAAAUAUAAUGGCAAAAUAAUUUAUAGAUAAUUCGUUUUAGACUAAUAUAAUGUUGAAGAUCUUGAAAUUUAGAAUUUAAUAACAGGGUUAAUGUUAUUGUUGAAUUAAUAUCUUCUUAUUUUCCAAGCCUUUCUAAGAAGAUUUCUCAUAACAGUAAUGUUUCUGAUUUUUCUCACUAAAAUUUUAUUAUGUUAUUCAAGUUUCGUACAAUAUAUUUUGUGUUAUUUUACAAAUUAUAAGCUAAUAUCUAUCCCACCAAAGAAGCGUUUGAUUUAUGUAACAACAAUUUUAUAAUUGCUUGUAAGGACUGCCUUUUGUCAGUGCAUUUCUUUUUUUCUUUUAAUUAUUAUUAUUGUUAAGGUAGAUUCUCCUACAUAAUCCAUAAGAGUUGCGAUAUGCAUUUUAAACGGAGAGUGAGCAAUAUUCAUAGAAGUCUCAUACUGUUGCAAAUACAAGGAAUAAUUUGUGCAAUUAUACCGUAUUAUAACAUUUUCGCGAUUGUUAUUUAUAAGGAGGAAAUUCUGUGCGGAAAUUCCUUUUUGUUUACUGUUCGUAAAAUUUCUAUUUUGUCUAAAUGUGAUAAAGCAAUAACAGCUAUUUUUAUAUAUGUAUGUAAAAAAAAUCAUAUUGUUAUAAAAUAUAAACACAUACAA